GAGGCUGAGGGUGGGAGCUGUCUAUUCGAGCAGUCACAGAGAACGAGAGAGGCUGUGAGCACAACCACUGUAGACACACACUGGUGGGGGAUUCAAAGAGGAUACCUUACAGUUUUUUUUUUUCGACUGACAUUGAAAUCUUGUGAAGCAUAAUGAUUCUUGCAGCUUACAAAGAGAAGAUGAAGGAGCUCCCCCUCGUUUCUCUUUUUUGCUCCUGUCUACUUACUGAGCCACGGGAUAAGCCUACUUACAAAGUCCAAGAUGCGGUAGACCUAAGCUGGUGUGUGAUCAAAGAUGUGGAGGUUAUUGAGUUGAACAAGCGUGCCUCUGGACAGGCCUUUGAGGUGAUUCUGAAACCCCCCUCCUUUGAUGGGAUCCCUGAGUUUAACGCCUCACUCCCCCAGAGACGAGAUCCCUCCCUGGAGGAGAUCCAGAAGAAACUGGAAGCGGCGGAGGAGAGAAGGAAGUUCCAAGAGGCAGAGCUUCUGAAGCACCUGGCAGAGAAGAGAGAACAUGAGCGAGAGGUGAUCCAGAAGGCCAUUGAGGAGAGCAACAACUUCAGCAAAAUGGCCAAAGAGAAGCUGGAACAGAAAAUGGAGACCAACAAGGAGAACCGAGAGGCCCUGCUGGCAGCCAUGUUGGGACGCCUACAGGAGAAGGACAAGCAUGCAGAAGAGGUGAGAAAAAAUAAGGAGCUGAAAGACGAAGCUUCUCGAUAGACGGAAGAAAACAUGGGACUCAUUUUGCUAGUUAAGAAUAAAAAGAGAACCCCAUAUUUUUUAUGUGAUGAAGAUUUGAAAAAAGGAAAGCUUUUAAGUCCAUAUGAAAAAAAAAUGCAGUGUUUGUCUGUUUCGCAAAACAAGGUGUACCAACUCAUUUGUCCAAACGGCUUCAAGGCUGGAAUUGUAAAAAGAAUAUAAAACACUGAUUGGUCCGGUCCAGUUAUUAAAACAAGUCACUUGUUUUAAAAA